AUGUCGACGCCGGCCUCACUGAGAGCAAUGGAGAUAGCUCGCGAGAAAGCUGUCAGACGCCAGCAGCGCAGCGAAGAUGCCGGACUGAUACCGCUAUCACGAUACUGGUCGCCACCACCACGACGAUCACCUGCCACCUACUACUAUAUUAUGUAUAUAUUGAAAUUUUUCUUAAAAUUUUUCUCACCAUUUUGCUUUCAGGGAGUUUACCGUGGAAGGAACAUCGAUUUCACCGCAGACAAAGCAGGAGGCCGGCAGUAUACGAGUUUUGAAGGGGGACGCCGGGAUGCGGAGGCACGAUCGCCCCCAAAGCCGCUCACGCCACCACUGGUGGAAGAUGUGCCAAUCGAUGUUGACACGGACGAUUACAAAGUGGACGCAGAUCAAGUUAUUUGUUUUAGUGGGCGCCAACACUUCCUGUCAAAUCUUUACCCCGUCACGUUGACCGUGGACGGGCAUGAAUACCCAAGUGUGGAGCAUUACUAUCAGGCAUGCAAGUUGUAUACGUUGGGUGGUGCACGACUUGCCGCACAACUCCGCAUUAUUACCGAUGCUGGUCAGGUCAAAGUGUACACCAAGAAGCUGCUGCGCUCAGCCAAUGUCCCACUGGAACAGGUGGAACAGUGGAAGCGUACGCAGGGCCCCGUGCUGCUACACCAUGCCAUUGUGCACAAGUUUGUACAGAAUGCAGAUCUGCGAACGAAACUUCUGGAGACAGGCAAUGCUCUGCUGGCGCAUACCUACGAACGUGACAACAUCUUUGCAACUGGCUGCGACAAGGACAAAAUGAUGGAAAAAAUCCCGAACCGGAUUGUACGUUUGGACACAAGCCAGGGGCGAAAUUUUUGUCGUUUAUUGCAGAUUCCGACCAAAAUCGACACGGGGACGCUAGUGUACAUCCCGCUUGUUGGCGAAGGCAAGAACAUUCUUGGUUGCAUCAACAUGAAGGUAAUUUGA